GGGGACGACGACGACGACCCCGAGAGAGAAUCCCGGAGGCAGAAGUGAGCGAGGGGACGCGCAGGCAGAAAGGCCUUCUCCGUCGGAUGCGGCUGCUUGGAAGAUCAAAGGCAAAACCGGAGCUCCCUUUGUGUGUCGUCCUAGGGAUCUUUGCUGCUUCGCUCUUCCCUUUGGGCUGAUUUUGGAACCCUGAACUGCCGUGGUGGAAGGAAGCAAAGCUCACCCGUCCCCUACUCUCCGAAGGGGGCUGGGCGGUCUCUUUUCCUGGGUGGAGAGAGCCUCGGAUAUUGGAACUAGCAUCCUUUCCAAACCUUUUUGUUUUGUUUUGUUUUGCUUGUUUUAUCCUCUCUUCGCUCUCCGGGUGGCUGUAAAUAAAAGUCCAGCAGAAAUAUAUAUCUAUAUAUAGUUUUUGUUUUUUAAAGGAGGGGAACAAAUGCAAACCCUUCCUUUUCCCCCCUUCGUGAUUUUUUGGAUAAUGAUUUCUGCUAUAUCUUGCCGAUGGAUUUUGCCGGGUGAGGAUUUCUGGAUCGCCUUGUAGAAGAGAGGUCUCUUGGAUACAGGAUGGAUGAUCAGAAGCCACCUGGUGAGGACAAAGACUCCGACACACCAGCAGCAGAUGGAAUUGUGUCCUUGGAGGAGCAGGGCAGCGUGGAAGCUGAUCCCUUGAAGCCACCGGAAGAAGGCCCUGCAAAAGAGGCACCGGAAGAAGCGAAAGCAGAGCCAACCCUGACCUGCAGCUCCCCACCCAAGCGCUGCGCGUUCUGCAACUGCAGCAAGUGGAGCCUUCACGGGCAGCGAGAGCUGUUGCGCUUCGAUCCGGCGCCUGGCUGGGCGGACGAGCUUUCGGAGCCGCAGGAAAGGAAGCAGCCCGGCUCGGCGGAGGCUGGAGGCGACGACCUGGCCCUGAUUGGCUUUGCGGAUGGUGUGGCAGUGCGAGAGGUGUUUGAGCCAACAGGUCACUUCUGGGCUCAUCACUGGUGCGUGGUGUGGUCGGCCGGAGACUUGCGUUUGGAAGGGUCAUGGUUGAGCCUCGUGAACAAAGCUGUCAUCUCAGGGAUUGCACAGAAAUGUGAACACUGUAAGAGACGGGGUGCUACCAUUCCGUGCCAUGCAGAGGGGUGCCAGCGCCACUAUCACUUCCCCUGUGCGGCGACUAGUGGCUGCUUCCAGUCCAUGAAGAGCUUGAAACUCCUCUGUCCUGAGCACCUGGACCAGGCGGUGCAGAUGGAGGACUCUCGCUGCAUGGUGUGCGACGCCCCCGGGGAGCUGCGCGACCUACUCUUCUGCACUAGCUGUGGCCUGCACUACCACGGCGCCUGCUUGGAGAUCACGGUGACGCCUCGCAAGCGCUCAGGCUGGCAAUGUCACGAAUGCAAAGUUUGCCAAACCUGCAGGCUGUCUGGGGAGGACAGCAGGAUGCUCGUGUGCGAAGCUUGCGAGAAAUGCUACCACACCUAUUGCUUGAAGCCAGCCAUCGAGAGCCUCCCCACCGACUCCUGGAAGUGCAAAAGCUGCCGUGUUUGUUCUGACUGUGGCUUCCGCCCUUCUGCCCUGGAUCCCAGCAGCCAGUGGUACGAGAACUACUCUCUCUGUGAAGGAUGUCAAGAGCAACGUCGCAAGAGCGCAGAUAGCACGGAGGCCGUACAGCACAGCCAGGAGCAAACUGCCCCAGCCAGCAGCAGCAGCAGCCUCGUCACAACAGAUAAGCCAGCGUCCCCCAAACCACUGGAGGAAGCUUGUGCAGCCAGCAAAGAGCAACCGGAAAGCAACUGCAGCAGCCCGGUCAGUUUGCACCAAGAAGAGCAGGUGCCUUUGGGUUGUGAUGAGAAACCGAUUGAAGCAGACAAGCCGUUAGAGCUGUCCAAUGUUGAUCCAGAAGCCCCUGCAGGGCAGGAGCAGAUGGAAGUAGAGGCGCCAUUAGAGCCCGAGAAGGCCCCUUCUCCGCCACCCCCUCCCCCAGUGCCACCAGAUCCAGCCUCACCCACCCACCCUGAGGAGCCCCUCCUCGGUGCCAAAGAGCAUCCUGCUUUUGAGUUGCUGCCCGCAGAGCCAGAACCCACAGAGAGCCAUACUGAGGCGGCACCCCCAGCCCCGGAAGGGCAGGCCUCUCCAGCGAGCCCUGGGCCUGACUCGCUCCAAGCCGGUUCCCCCCAAGCCACCGAGGAAGGAGAAGCCCACCCUGAGGAGCCCAUGGACACGGGGGUCGAGGGCCUGGCGCCGGAUAGCCCCGCCGGCGGCCGAGUACAGCCUAGCCAAGAGGAUGAAGAGGAGGAGGAGGAAGAAGAAGAGGAGGAGGAGGCCGGAGGGGCAGCUCCAGCGCCCAAGAUGGAGCUCGAGGAGAGAUUAUCCCCUCUGCUGAGCGAGGCAGAGGCUCCAGAUGAGGACGGGCCCACUGCAUUGGGGCCUGAGCCCCCCGAGGAGAGCCUCGGCUUCGCCCACGAACCCAAGCGCUCCCCUUCGCCUGUGGAGGCGGAGUUGCUGGGGGGCACCCCAAUGGAGGCCUAUGGGGCUGGCCACCCGCAGGAGGGAGGGGCAAGCGGGGAGGAGGAGGCCGGGUCGGCGCCGGCGCCCUUGAGGCCCCACCACUUGGUGAAGUCGGAUAUCGUGAACGAGAUCUCGAACCUAAGCCAAGGCGACGCCAGCAGCUUCCCGGGCUCGGAGCUCCAGUUCGCCUCGCCGUACCACGAAGGCGGCGGCUCGAUGUCCCUGGAGAUGGCCUGCCUGACCUCCACAGACGUCAGCCUCCAGAGGGACGACGGGGCCUCCUUGCCGCCGGGCGAGAUGGAUGACUCCCUGCCUUUUGACAUGAAAGGGGAGUGUGAGAAGGGGCGGCGGCGGAGCUCCCCGGCCCGUUCCCGCGUCAAGCAGGGUCGCAGCAGCAGUUUUCCCGGGAGGAGACGGCCUCGGGGAGGGUCCCACACAGGCCGAGGGCGGGGCCGAUCACGGUUGAAAUCCACCACUUCUUCCAUCGAGACAUUGGCGCUCGCUGAUAUCGACAGCUCCCCGAGCAAAGAGGAUGACGACGAUGACGACGACACGAUGCAGAACACGGUGGUGCUCUUCUCCAACACGGACAAGUUUGUGCUGAUGCAGGAUAUGUGUGUGGUGUGUGGUAGCUUUGGCCGUGGUGCUGAGGGCCACCUCCUGGCAUGCUCCCAGUGCUCUCAAUGUUACCAUCCUUACUGUGUCAACAGCAAGAUUACCAAGGUGAUGCUGCUAAAGGGCUGGCGCUGCGUGGAAUGCAUUGUGUGCGAGGUUUGUGGCAAAGCGUCGGACCCGUCCCGCCUGCUGCUCUGCGAUGAUUGUGACAUCAGCUACCACACAUAUUGCUUGGACCCGCCCCUCAACACCGUCCCCAAGGGCGGCUGGAAGUGUAAAUGGUGUGUUUGCUGCGUGCAGUGUGGAGCGGUCUCGCCUGGCUUCCACUGCGAAUGGCAGAACAACUACACCCACUGUGCUCCCUGCGCCAGCCUUGUCACCUGCCCCAUCUGCCAUGUGAAAUACGUGGAGGACGACCUCUUGAUCCAGUGCCAGCACUGUGAGAGGUGGAUGCAUGCCGUGUGCGACAACCUAUUCACGGAGGAAGAAGUCGAACAGGCAGCAGACGAGGGAUUUGACUGUACCUCCUGCCAGCCCUAUGUGGUCAAGCCUGUGGUUCCAGUCCCCCCUCCAGAAAUUAUUCCGGUGAAGAUCAAGGAGCCGGAGCCCCAGUAUUUUCGCUUUGAAGGCGUUUGGCUGACAGAGACGGGCAUGGCGGUGUUGCGGAACUUGUCCUUGUCUCCACUGCACAAGCGCCGGCCGCGCAAGACCCCCACGACCCCGACGACGCCACGGCCGCCGGGUGCGCUCAAUGGUGAAGGCGGGCUGCUGGAUGGGGUUGACCCCUUGGGCCCCGAAGAGAAAAAGGAGGGAGACGUGGAGGGAGACGAGAUCCUGAAAGCUGAAGUCAGCGUCGAACACAUGGAGUGCGAGAUCAAAUUGGAAGCCCCUGCUACCCCAGAGAGGGAAGCUGCAGCCGAGGCCGAUUUGGCGAAGGGUCUUCUGGAAGACUCUGAGGAGGUCAAGAAGCGGAAGCGGAAGCCAUACCGCCCAGGUAUCGGAGGGUUCAUGGUGCGGCAGCGGAAAUCCCACACCCGCUUGAAAAAGGGCUCGGCGGCCUUGGCAGAAGCCUCCCGCGAGUCGGCAGGUGCUGAGGGGCAUCCAGAGGAGGGGGCUCAACCUAACCCACCUGCCGAAGUCCCCGCAGAGGGCAUCGCUGAGCAGGGAGUGGUUGAGGGUGACGAGAAGAAGAAACGCCGAGGCAGGAAGAAGAGCAAGCUGGAGGACAUGUUCCCUGCCUACCUGCAGGAAGCCUUUUUUGGAAAGGCCCUCCUAGACCUGAGCAGAAAGGCACUGCUGGCAGCCGGCGGUGUGGGUGGGGAUGGAACUGCCCACCCUCCCGUUGGUCAGGGGGCUCCCAGGCCCAAGGUGGAUUGCAGCAUGCUUCAGAAAGGGCCGGCGGACGGGAAAGACCCUUCAGUUCAGCCCAAAGGGGAUGAAUGUGUUGACGGCAGGGAGGCGGUAGCCCCGGAAAACAACUUGAAAAUUGCUGAUGGCAAGACUGAAAAUACCGGCACAGAAGAGCAGAUGGUGCCCAAGACCUCUCCAGACCCUACAGGUGCCGAGAACCCAGCCACACCCCCGGGGGAGGGGGUGCUCAGCUCCGACCUUGACAAAAUCCCCACUGAAGAGCUGCCCAAAAUGGAGAGCAAGGACGUCCAGCAGCUCUUCAAAGACGUCCUGGGGUCUGCAGAGCGAGAGCAGCAACAGCAGCAGCUGAACUGCAUUGGGGCGGAAGCUGAGGCCGGAGGCCUCCGGGACCCAAGCCGCUCGCAGCUGGCCCAGAGGCCUUUCCUGCAAGGUGGCGCCGGCGUCUCACUUGGGCCCCUUCAACCUGCUGUACCGAUGGAGACCUACUCAGGGGUUUGCCAGUCCCCAUUUCUUGAUAGCAGGGAGAGGAGCGGCUUCUUUAGCCCCGAGCAGUGUGAGCCAGAGAGCCCUUGGGCCAGCAGCUCUGCGGCUUCCACCCCCACCACCCCCACCACGGAGGGGGAGAGCGACGGGCUGUCGUACAACCAGCGGAGCUUGCAGCGCUGGGAGAAAGACGAAGAGCUGGGAGAGCUCUCCACCAUCUCGCCUGUCCUCUAUGCCAACAUCAACUUCCCCAACCUCAAGCAAGACUACCCAGAUUGGUCCAGCCGUUGCAAGCAGAUCAUGAAGCUCUGGAGAAAGGUGCCGGCCCCAGACAAAGCCCCAUACUUGCAAAAGGCCAAAGAUAACCGGGCAGCCCACCGCAUCAACAAGGUGCAGAAGCAAGCCGAGAGCCAGAUCAACAAGCAGACCAAAGUCGAGGUGCUGCGCAGGCCAGACCGGCCGGCCCUACACUUGCGCAUCCCGCCCCAGCAGGGGGCGCUGCCCACCGCGGGCCCCCAGCCGCCUCCUCCGCCUCCACUGCCCCCUCCUCCUCCCACCGCCUCUGUGCCAGGGCAGCCGCUCUACGUCAACAACGCCGCAGCUCUGCCCGGCGGGUCCGGCGGCAUCGAGUCGCCCAGCGAGCUCUUCCUCAAGCUCCCCUCUUCUGCCGCCAGUGCCCAGCCCCCCGCUCCAGUGCCUUUGCACGAGCCCUACGCCGUGGCCUGCCCCCCGCCGGAUUCAGGUUUCCCCUCUCCCUCCUCGGUGGGCCAGAGCCCGACAGUGCCUGCUGGCUUUGCUUCGUCGUCGUCGUCCUCUUCCUCCUCCGGACAGUCUCCACUCCUGCCGAACCCUCGCCCGGCCCCGCAGCCCGGGGACUUCCAGCCCACCCCUCCAGGGACCCCGAGGCACCAGCCCUCCACUCCAGACCACUUCCUGAAGCCCCGCUGCCCCAGCGGGUCCUUGGAGAACUUGUCGGUGCCCGGGAGCCCCCAGCGGGCUGCCCUCCUGCUCUCACCUCCGCCUUUUGGGGAGCUGAAGAAAGGGUUGGACAUCAAGAAGGAAGAGGCCGGGCCGGGGAUCUGCUCCCCCAGCUACGGCUGCAGCUACGGCGACUCGCCGUCCGGUGCUCACCACCUGGCUGAGAUGAAGGCUCCGGAUGUUUUCAAGGCCCCUCUCACUCCCCGCCAGUCUCAGGUCGAGCCGCAGAGCCCGGGCUUGGGACACCGGCCUCCCGACGCCCACCCUCUGGCCGCGUCUCCCCCCAGCCAGACCGACCUCUACCGCCAGUCGCCGUACCCGGACCCCUACGCUCAGCCUCCCCUGACGCCGAGGCCUCAGCCCCCGCCCCCGGAAAGCUGCUGUGCCCUGCCGCCCCGCUCCUUGCCCUCCGACCCUUUCUCGCGCGUCCCCGCCAGCCCCCAGUCCCAGUCCAGCUCCCAGUCCCCUCUCACGCCUCGGCCGCUCUCCAACGAAGCCUUCUGCCAGUCCCCGGUAACCCCCCGCUUCCAGUCCCCGGACCCCUAUUCCCGCCCCCCUUCGCGCCCGCAAUCGCGGGACCCCUUUGCGCCCCUGCACAAGCCCCCUCGCCCCCAGAUGCCAGAGGCCGGCUUCAAGCCCAUGCCUGGCUCCCAUAACACCCUUGCCCCUGGGGGCUUCUCGGCGGGGCCGCCCUCCUCCGAAGCCUCCCCUAAGCCUGGCCCACAGCCCCAAUUCGCUCGCUCCCCUGGCGCAAGCGUCUUCCCGAGUGCUCAGGCCCAGCAGAUGCGCUUCACCUUCCCUCCCAGCGAACCGCUCAAGAGCUCCCCUUCCCACGGCCUCAACAGCCAUUUUGCCCCCGGCAAGCCCCAGAGCACAAGCUACGUCUCCUCGCCGGGGUUCCACCAAGCCGGGAGCCCCCUCGGCCCUGGCAAGGGUACCGCGGACUCCUACAACGUCUCUCCGCUGCGCCCGCCCUCAGCUCUGCCCCAGCCGCCGCCACCUCAACAACAAGAUGGCACCUUGGCCUACCUGCCGCGGACAGGCCUGGUGCCGCCGGGCGACAAGAGGGAAGAGGGAGCGGCCGGAGCCGCCAACCGGGAGCUGCAGGAACUGCCAGCCAGCCAGGAGGGGACGAUGGGCAGCAAUGCCACCCAGACAGAGAUGGAGAAAGUUCGGCAGCGGCAGAGACUCCGCGAGUUCCUCAUCCGCCAGCAGAUCCAGAGGAAUAACUUGAGGCAAGAGAAGGAAAGUGCAGCUGCUGCAGCCAACAAUGCCCAGGCGUCGUGGAACCCUGAGGGUGGCGGACAGGCCUUUGAGCAGAUGAACCGGAGCAUGACUCCUUAUCCAACAGUGCAGGACAAAGGAAUGCUUGGCAGCCUGGGCGGUGCCCCAGCGGGGAGCAAACUUCCCAGUGGAGUGAUGGGGCAAGGGUCCUACGUGCAAGAUGAGCGACUUGCCCGCCCCCCUCCAUCAGCAACCCCUUCUACCAUGGAUAUCAACGGCAGGUCUUCAGUGGCUGCCGCGCAGCCAUUUUAUCCCCGCGGUGUCUUCCAAGCCCCGUCUCCACAGCAGCAGAUGUGGCAGCAGCAGCAACAGCAACAGCAGCAGCAAGCUGUGUCCAUGCGUCUCUCUGUCCCUUCGCGCUUCCCCCAGCCCCCCACCCAAGACUUGAGCCGGCAAGCCCUAGCAGGCCUUGCCCCACGCCUGCCAGGCCCCGGAGAACAGAUCCAAGCCUCGGCCGGCGCGCUGGGAGCCCAGUUCAUUGAGCUGCGGCACAACAUCCAGAAGGGAGUGCUUGGGAGCGGCGCGGGGCCCACCUUUGUCCAGCAGAACCCACAGGCUCGAACCAGAUUCUUCAUACCUGGGAAUGACGGUGCCAACCAGGCUUUGAAAUCUCCCGUUAUGCCCAUGCAGGCUCCUGUCCUGGGAAGCCAAGCCCUGCAAGCCCAGAAGAUGUCUGUCCCUAUAUCAUCCUCUCCUCAGCAGCAGGGGGCAGAGAUGAGCAACAACCACCAUCCCCAUGCCAAGGCUGUGUCCCAGCUGAUCCUGCCCCCCGGAAACGUGGAGAUGCAACAUAUCCCGCCCCGACCCCUCUCCUCGUCUGGCCCUAAAGAUGUGCCCAUCACCUCGGCUGCCACCGACGUUGCCCCAGCUGCUGGCAGGAACCAGUUAAGCCUGGCCGGCAGGCAGCUCCCCUGCGAGGUGGAGCCGGACUUGGACGACGACUUUGAUUCCCACAAAGACCUGGAGGACGACGACGACUUGGCCAACUUGAGCCUGGACCCGGAUGUCGCCAAGGGCGACGACGACCUCGGGAACCUGGAUAACUUGGAAACCAACGACCCGCACCUCGACGACCUGCUGAACGGGGAUGAGUUUGACUUGCUGGCCUACACCGACCCGGAACUGGACACCGGGGACAAGAAGGACAUCUUCAACGAGCACCUGCGGUUGGUGGAGUCGGCCAACGAGAAGGCCGAACGGGAGGAUCUGCUCAAGAAGGAGCCCUCAGCCGGACCCUACCUCAAGGAAACGCCCUCGGCCGGCGUCGGGAAGCCAGGUGAGCCAAGGGCGCCAUCGUUGCCCAGAGAUGACGUGCCCAAGGCGAAAGAAGGGCUCGGCCUCCUCCACGUUCCCUGCUCAUCCUCUGCCUCGGGGGCGCCACCGCCCUCCCCCAUCCUUUCAACACUCAAGGCCCACAGCGACGUGCUCGAUAGCAAGCUGGUCAGCCUGCCGGCCGAUAUCAAACCCAAGAUAGAGGAAGGCUGCCUGAAGCCGUCGCCUUGCCAAUUCAACACCGGCGCCCCGGAGAAGCUUCCCAUCAAGUCCGAAGGGGCCGAGAAAAUGGCGGCCGCCUUGGCUGUCAACGUCAAGCCCGGCCAGGGCCUCAUGAGCCCCGGCGGAGUCCGGCUGGGCAUGACGUCGUUCCACAGCAACAGCCACGCUUCCAUCUCCGACAAGGUCCUCUACGGUGCCCCGGGCCGGCCGCCGCUGGUCCCCGUGCAGAUGGCCAACGCCGGCAACUCCAUCCUGGAGAAGUUUGAGCUGGAUGGAGGGCCCCUGAGCCUGGCCAACGCUCAGCAGCACUCUCCGGCCGACGACCUUGACAAGAUGGAGAGCUCCCUAGUGGCCAGCGAGCUACCUCUGCUGAUCGAAGACCUGCUGGAGCACGAGAAGAAGGAGCUGCAGAAGAAGCAGCAGAUGUCGGCUCAGAUGCCCGGGGGCUCCCAGCAGCACCUCCAAGCUCACACCAUGUUGGCUCACUCGGCUCCCCCUCCCCAGUCUCACGACGGGCAGUUGGUGAGCUCCCAGCAGCAGCUGCAGUUGGGCAUGGUGGCCAGGCAGCAAGGGAUGGUGGCCAACCAGCAGCUGAUGCAGCAGCAGCAGCAGCAGCAGCAGCGCCUGGCUGGUCCCCAGCAAAGUCAAGUGCUGGCCCCGCAUAUGGGCGUGGCUCAGAACCAGGCUCAUAUGCUUGCCGCCCAACACAGCAUCCAGGCAGCGCAUGGCCAGCAGAACCAACAGCAGGUCUUGGCCCAGAAGCCCAUGCCAGGGGUCCAGCAGCAACAGCAACAGAUGAUGGGGCUCAAGCCGCAACAAGUCGUGAUGCAACAGCAGCAGCAGCAGCAGCAGCAGCAGCAAUUGGCUAACAGCUUCUUCCCAGAUACAGAUCUGGAUAAAUUUGCUACCGAGGACAUCAUGGACCCCAUCGCUAAGGCCAAGAUGGUGGCUCUGAAGGGUAUCAAAAAGGUCAUGGCGCAGGGCACCAUUGGAGUGGCUCCGAGCAUGAAUCGGCAACAAGUCUCCUUGCUGGCUCAGAGGUUGUCCGGAGCGUCAUCUUCAUCUGAAAUGCAGAACCACAUCCUGCCUGGCUCUGGAGGACAGGAUCGGAGCAAUGACCCAGCACAAGCUCGACCAAACCCACCCACUUUUGCACAAGGUGUCAUCAAUGAAGCUGAUCAGCGUCAGUACGAAGACUGGCUCCUCCAUACGCAGCAACUCCUCCAGAUGCAGCUGAAGGUGCUGGAGGAGCAGAUAGGGGUGCACCGCAAGUCCCGCAAGGCCCUGUGCGCGAAGCAGCGGACGGCGAAAAAGGCCGGCCGGGAGUUCCCCGAGGCCGAUGCCGAGAAGCUCAAGCUGGUGACGGAGCAGCAAAGCAAGAUUCAGAAGCAGCUGGAUCAGGUUCGGAAGCAGCAGAAGGAACACACCAACCUCAUGGCUGAGUACCGCAACAAGCAGCAGCAGCACCAGCAGCAAAGCUCCGCCGUCUUGGCCCUCAGCCCCUCGCAAAGCCCCCGCCUGAUGGCCAAGCUCCCUGGCCAGCUGCUCUCCACGCACGGCCUCCAGCCGGGGUCCCAGGGCCUACCAGGCCAGGCCGGCUUGCGCCUCCCUCAGGCUUCCGCCAUGGCUGUGCAGCAGGGCUUGCCCUUUAUGGGAGGGCAGCAGCAGCAGCAGCAGCCAUCAGGAGCUUCGGCCCCCAACAGCUUCUUCUCCAGCAACCGCCUGUUGCAGGAGCGGCAGAUGCAGCAGCAGCGGCUGCAGCUGGCGCAAAAGCUGCAGCAGCAGCAGAACCUCAUAGGGCAAGUGUCCAUGCAGCAGCAGCAGCAACAGCAACACCUCAUGGGGCAGGUAUCGGUGGUGCAGCAGCAGCAGCAGCAGCAGCAAAGCACGAUGGGUCAGGUGGGCUUGAUGAGCCAGCCCCCGCCUCCGCCACCCACGCCCCAGCCGAGCCAGAAUCUGCUCCCCAAGCAGCAAGGGCUGCUGGGAAACCAGGCGGGAGUCCUAGUCCAGCAGCUCUCUCCGCAGCAGCAGCAGCAGCAAGCCAUGCUGGGACACUCAAUGCUGCAGCAUCAGGGUGUGAUGGGGCACCCAGCUUCCCAGAGGCAAAUGCUGUUGGCCCCGCAGCAGGGGCAGCAGCACCGAGUGCCUCAGCAGCUGGUGCAGCAGGCGCAGGGCAUGAUGGGGCACCGGCUGCUUUUGUCACCGCAGCAGCAGCAGCAGCAGCAGCAGCCAGGGCUCCUCGGGCAACAGCAGAGGACGUUGCUGAGCCAGCAACAGCACCAGCCCCUCCUGGGCCAGGGGCCGGCCCCCCAGCAGGGUGCCCUGAGCCAGGGGCCGGGCGUGGGCGCCGAACCUCUCCAGCACUUUGCGCAGCACGGGUCUCUGAACCAGCAGCUGCACUCCUCAACUCAGGGAAUGCAGCCAGCCCAGCAGCAGCAGCAGGGGUUGGCUGGCAAGGAGCAGCAAGGAGGGCCAGAAGGCGGCACGGCCAUGCUGCCUCCCGAAGGGGCGGAUGGUCCGUUGCAGCAGCAGCAACAGCAGCAGCAGCUAAGACCCCACAUGGUGGGCUCAGAGAUGGGAGGGCAGCUGCAGAUGAGCACCCAAGAGCAGCAGCAGCAGGGGCUGACCGGCCACGGGACUCCUCUUCCGGAGCAGCCGUCUCCGCUGAUGCUCCAGCAGCACGGGGAGCAGCAGAAGCAGCCGGCCGAAUUGGGCCAAGCCCAGCACCUGCUCUUGGGCCCCCAGCAGCAGAACGUGCUGGGCUCCCUGCAGCUACGGAUGCAGCAGCAGCAGCAGCAGCAGCAGCAGCAGCAAAACAGCCACCUGCAGCAGCAGCAACAACAGAACAACCUCCUCCAGCAGCCAUUGCGUUCUCACCUGCCGAUAGACGGCAUUCUGCAGCAAGAGCUGUCGCAGCAGCAGCAGCAGCAGCACCAUCGAGAUGCAACUCAGGGCCCCCACUUGCUCAACCAGCAGAUGGAGCAGCAAGGCCAAGUGCAAAGGAUGAUGGGGCAGAACCUGGAGCAGCCUUCCAAAGGCUUGCUGGGCCAGCACCACCUCCAGCAGCAGCAGCAGCAGCAACAGCAGCAACAACAACAACAACAACGCCUUCAGAGCCCAGCCGGGCCCUUGAAAACACCGGGGCUAAUGAUGCAGCAGCAGCAGCAGCAGCAACAAAACAUGAUGGUGCCACAGUCCUCCCCGCAAGGCCAAAGCAUCCUGUCCAGCCCUGUGAUGGGCCAGAUCCGUGCCCAGCUGCAGGGCGUCAUCUCUAAGAACCCUCAGCUGCGGAACCUGACUCCGCAGCAGCAGCAGCAGCUGCAGGCCCUGCUGAUGCAGAGGCACCAGCAGAACCUGCUGCAGCAGCAGCAGCAGCAGCAGCAGAACCAGGCGCUGCGGCAAGCCGGCCCCUACCAGGGGCAGGCGCCCCCCGAGCAAGGCCAGCAAGCUGCUCAGCACCUCUCCCAGCAGCCACAGAGGCAGCCACCCCUGGCGGUCUUCCAGAUUCGUCCAGACCAGGGUUACGGUGCCUCGGUGGAGCAGCAGAGGGUCCCGGUGAGCCAGCAGGCUGCUGCCUGUACCCAGCAGCAGCAGGGGAUGGUGAGGCUCCCCACCCCUCAGGCUCCCUCUGUCCCCUUGAACGUUGCCGGCAUGGCAUCUGGGCAGCAGCAGCCGCCACUGCAGCCACAGCAGCACCCGAGCCCUCCAGAGCCAAAGAGACCGUCUCCUUUGCUCUUGGCUAAAAGCCCUGAGCAGCAGCAGCAGACUCCCACCCAGAAGCACCAGCCUGCUACUCCCAGCUCCCUGCUGCUCCCCACCCCGACACCCCCGAACGCAGGGGAAGUGGCUCCGGGGACCUGCAGCCUCCGAGACUCCGAGUGCCCCGCCACCAAAGAGGCCGCAGAGACCAGCACGGUCAACGGGCAGGCGGUGGAAGCUGCUUCUCCCUUGGCGGGAAGGGCGCCCCCACCGCCAGGAGACCUCCCCCUUGUUUGCAUCAAACAGGAGCCCAAGGAGGAAGCCUCCCAGUGCGCCCUGAUGAGCGGAACCCAGCCUGUCAAGCGGGAGGCGAACGGGGACCCCGUCUCGGCCGCUGGCGCCGUUCCCGCCACCACCAACAGCCUCACCCGCACCGAAGCCGGGCACCUCUUGCUGCAGAAGCUGCUGCGGGCUAAGAACGUCACUCUGGCGACGCAGCGCUCUGGUGACGUCAACGGGCACAUGGAUGGCAAGAUGGCCGGGGCGGAGGGCCGGUUGCAGCCAGCACCAGAUGUGCGAGAGGACAUGCUGGCAGCCAAGAAGCCCCCGCCACCGAAGCCCAAGCGGUCCCAGAAAGCCGGGGAGCGAGUUGCCAACUCUCGCAAGAAGCUGCGCAAAGAGGAUGGGGUGAAGUCCAAUGAGGCCCUGAUGAAACAGCUCAAGCAGGAGCUCUCAUUGCUGCCUCUGAUGGAGCCCGUCAUCACAGCCAACUUCAACCUCUUCCCCCCCUUUGGGAGCAGCCCGGUCAACGGCAAGAGCCAGCUGAAGGGCUCCUUUGGUAACGCCGCCUUGGACAGCAUUCCGGACUAUUACUCCCAGCUGCUCACCAAGAACAACCUGAGCAACCCGCCAACCCCACCUUCUUCGCUGCCUCCCACACCGCCCCCCUCGGUGCAGCAAAAGCUGGUAAAUGGGGUCCUGUCUUCCGAGGAGCUGACAGAGCAGUCCAAGGAGCCGGUGCUGCCCCACGAGCACGAAGGGGGAAAGGAUGCUCCCCCUGUGGAAGUGAAAAGCUUAGAUCUCCUCGCAGCUCUGCCCACACCGCCACACAACCAGACCGAGGAUGUCAGGAUGGAGAGCGACGAGGAGAGUGACUCCCCCGACAGCAUCGUCCCAGCCUCCUCCCCCGAGAGUGUCCUGAGCGAAGAGGUGCCACGCUUUCCCCUGCUGUCCGGAGCCAAGCCGGAGGUGGAAGAGAGACCCCUCUCUCCAGUCAUCCCCAUCAUCCCAAAGGCCAGCAUCCCAGCUUUCCCAGAUGCCAAACCUUACGGGACCUUGGAGCAAGCGGGAAAGGGGACUCCAGGCACGUCCUGGGAGAAAGCCAAGGGCAGCGAGGUCUCUGUCAUGCUCACUGUCUCUGCAGCUGCCGCCAAGAACCUGAACGGUGUCAUGGUGGCAGUGGCAGAGCUGUUGAGCAUGAAGAUCCCCAGUUCUUAUGAAGUGCUGUUUCCGGACAGCCCCAUGCGUGCUGCUGCCAGCGAGCCCAGAAAAGUCGAUGCUGACGCGCAGGGCAAAGAGAAGCCAGCGGCUCCCAAGGGCCCCGAAGGAGGGCCAGAAUGGCUGAAGCAGUUUGAUGCAAUGCUGCCUGGCUACAGUCUCAAGAACGAGCUGGACAUCUUGACGCUGCUCAAACAGGAGAGUCCCACCCCGGAAAAGGCCACCCAGCACUGCUACAUCAACAACGUUGCCAACCUGGAUGUGCGGCAGCUGCUGACCCUUCCCGAGGAGCCCUCUCCGCCCCUCUCCCCGUUCGCGCCCUCCCCGCCCAGCCCCCCCAGGGUCCCUGAGCUGGUCCCCGAACCCGAAGCGCCGCCCUUGCCCGCUCCGUCCCCUCCGCCACCCCCGCCCUCCUCCCCCAAGGAGGAACCCCCUCAGUCCCCGCCCAAAGCCAAGCCCCGCUCGCGGCCCCUGGAAGACGGCGAGGAGAACAAGCCGCGCCUGAAGAAGUGGAAGGGGGUGCGCUGGAAACGGCUGCGUUUCCUCAUCACCAUCCAGAAGGGCGGCGCCAAGCGGGACGGGGACCGGGAGAUUGCGGACUUCGUCGAGCGCCUGGCCGCCACCCUGCGCCCCGACAAAGUGCCGCGGGACUUGCGGAAGUGCUGCUUCUGCCACGAGGAGGGCGACGGCGCCACCGACGGGCCAGCGCGCCUGCUCAACCUGGACCUGGACCUUUGGGUGCACCUCAACUGCGCCCUGUGGUCCACGGAGGUGUACGAGACCCAGGGCGGGGCGCUCAUCAACGUGGAGGUGGCGCUGCACCGGGGCCUGCUCACCAAGUGCACCCUCUGCCAGAAGACGGGCGCCACCAACAGCUGCAACCGCAUCCGCUGCCCCAACGUCUACCACUUCGCCUGCGCCAUCCGGGCCAAGUGCAUGUUCUUCAAGGACAAGACCAUGCUGUGCCCCAUGCACAAGCUCAAGGGCCCCUGCGACCAGGAGCUGAGCACCUUCACCGUCUUCCGGCGCGUCUACAUUGAGCGCGACGAGGUCAAGCAGAUUGCCAGCAUCAUCCAGCGAGGCGAGCGCCUCCACAUGUUCCGGGUGGGGGGCCUCGUCUUCCACGCCAUCGGGCAGCUGCUGCCCCACCAGAUGGCCGACUUCCACAGCGUCACGGCGCUCUACCCGGUGGGCUACGAGGCCACCCGCAUCUACUGGAGCCUGCGCACCAACAACCGGCGCUGCUGCUACCGCUGCACCAUCUGCGAGAACAACGGCCGGCCGGAGUUUGUGGUGCAAGUCAUGGAGCAGGGCUUGGAGGACUUGGUCUUCACAGACUCCUCGCCGCAGGCGGUUUGGAACCGAAUCAUCGAACCGGUGGCCUUGAUGCGCAAGGAAGCGGACAUGCUGCGGCUCUUCCCCGAGUAUCUCAAGGGAGAAGAGCUCUUUGGCUUGACGGUGCACGCUGUGCUGCGAAUCGCAGAGUCUCUGCCUGGUGUCGAGAGCUGCCAGAACUACAUGUUCCGCUAUGGGCGCCACCCACUCAUGGAGCUUCCACUCAUGAUCAACCCCACUGGCUGCGCCCGGUCGGAGCCCAAAAUCCUCACGCACUACAAACGGCCCCACACUCUGAACAGCACCAGCAUGUCCAAGGCCUACCAGAGCACGUUCACGGGCGAAACCAACACGCCGUACAGCAAACAGUUUGUGCACUCCAAGUCCUCCCAGUACCGCCGCCUCAAGACGGAAUGGAAGAACAACGUGUAUCUGGCGCGCUCCCGCAUCCAAGGGCUCGGGCUCUACGCUGCCAAGGAUAUAGAGAAGCACACGAUGGUCAUUGAGUACAUUGGCACCAUCAUCCGCAACGAGGUGGCUAACCGGCGAGAGAAGAUCUACGAGGAGCAGAACCGAGGGAUCUACAUGUUCCGUAUCAACAAUGAGCACGUCAUUGAUGCCACACUGACAGGUGGCCCUGCCAGGUACAUCAAUCACUCCUGCGCACCCAACUGUGUGGCUGAGGUUGUGACUUUUGACAAGGAGGACAAGAUAAUAAUCAUCUCGAGUCGCCGGAUACCGAAGGGAGAGGAGCUGACCUACGACUACCAGUUUGAUUUUGAAGACGAUCAGCACAAAAUCCCGUGCCAUUGCGGAGCCUGGAACUGCAGGAAAUGGAUGAACUAAACCCCAAGGAGGCUCUUCGGACAAGGCAAAGGGGGGACACCCCGAAUGCUCGGCACAAGAGGCUCUGCACAGAGGGGGUGCUGCUGCUGCUGUACCAGCUCUCCCAACCCUCCUGCGGCGCAGGGAAAUCACCCGGGGGGGGGCAGCGGCAAAAAGAGGCAUGUUUGGAAGCCACCGCCCCAACAUGCUGGUGGGGCAGCUGGGGCCCCAAGGCAAGAGAGGGGUGAUGUCAGCAUAUCUGCCACUGCUUGCCAGUCUUGGCUAUGGUAUUAUCGUCAAGCUGGAUGGGUUUCGGCUUUCAGACUCAGCAGCCUCCUCUUCCAGACAAGGCGACCUGCUUCUCCCCAGCAGAAAGGAACAGCCACUAAGCAGCCCCAUCUGGGGCGGGGAACUGACAAACUGGCAACUCAGGGUUUUCUUUUAGUUUUUUUCUUUUUCUUUUUAAAAAAAU